ACCGUCGAGCCCCGGACCCCGACAGGAACUGACGUCUCCUCCAGAGCAAGUGGACGGAAAAAUGCAGCUGCAGGAAAAAUGUCUCCAAAGCCUUCACCGCUGAGAGGUGUUUAGAGGUUUCCUCACCAUUCUUUGAGCACCGCUGAUGUAAAACCCAUUUGCCCAUGGCACCCUUGAGUUGACAGAAUGGCCCAGAUAUCAAGUGGAAAUGGGUUCAAGCUGGAUGUCCCCCAGCCAAAGGGGACGGUGGGUAAAGAGGAGGCCCUGCGCAUGGAGGAAGAGGCUUUAGCCAAAUUGCAAAGAGAGAAGCGACACACUCCUUCGGCCUCUCCAUCUUUGGCCCCCGCUGUGUCCUCGUCCUCCAAACCAAACGUCUCCAAGUCUUCCGCUGCUGCCCCUCGACCUUUGCCCUCCUCCAGCAGACCAGAGAAGGACCUCAUUGUCUUCCCUGAGACCAAGAAACAGGCAGAGAAGGAUGAAUUCAGGGACAUCGAUUUGGACAAGCUGACCAACGAGGAACUAGAAAAGCUCCUCCUUGAUGAAAACUUUGGGGCCAACAGCAAGGUCUCGCGUCCGUCGUCGCUACUCGGAUUUAACCUCAGCGCUUCCUACCCAGGGGGCCACUCAUCUCCUUUCCACAGCUGGACGCCUGUGCUGUCAACCACCACAAACUCCAGCACGUCCACUCCUACACAUCAGCCGAACUCACUGUUCUCUUCCACCCCGUUUCCCAAACCUGGCACUUUUCAGAACGGCUUCAGUCCCGCGAUGUCACCGUUCAUGACUCUUCCGGCGCAGCAGCCUUCGUUCAUGGCCUUCACUCCUAUCCAGCCCCCUGCUGCCGCCAUGGUUUUCCCGCAGCCAGCCGUGGAUCCAGAGAUGGCAAAGCUCUUCGACAAGAUUGCCAGCACCUCGGAAUACUUGAAGAACGGUAAAUCAUCAAGCACUGACUCUCCAGACCAAUCCCUGGAACCUCAUCCUCCAUUGGUGCAGCCAGCCGUGAUGGAAUCCUCCAGCAUCAGUCGCUUUGAAUGGCUGGACCUGGACCCGCUUACCAAACGCAAGGCUGACGGUGAGGGGGCUUCGGCCGAAUCACCAGCCCCAGCAGAGACUGUUGUCGCAGGACCUGCCGGAGAUCCCUGGGAUGCGGUCCUGGAGACCAAGGGAAACGGCGACAGAAGUAGUCCAAAGCAAGACGUGAAGACUGUUCGAUCGCCGCUCAGGAAGUCGUCGUCGGGAGCUGCUGUCACAAGGAGUCAUUCACUCAACAUCCCCGGAACCUCCUCCCAGCACAAACCAAACAAUCAGAACAAGGGAAAAGGAAAAGGUCUAGUGACGAAUGCCGCCUUUGAGGAACGAGAUGCCCAGAACUUGGAGGUUGUUGCCUUCUGUGAAGACAUUGCAACCCUGCGGUCCAAAUUUCCUCACGGUGACAACUCCAGCAACCCCGGCUACGUUCUCAGUCCUGUCAUCGCCCAGAGAGACGCUGGUGGUGACAACAGUUCCUCCGUAAAGGUUUCUAUUGAAAUCCCAGAGUCACAGCAGCCAGUGACCUUCACCUGUGACGUGAGUUCUCCGGUGGAGCUGCUCAUCAGCCAGACUCUCUGCUGGGUCCACGACAAUCUGGACCAGGUGGACUUCUCCAGCUACCUGCUCAAAGUGUGUGGCCGGGAGGAAGUGCUGCAGAACAAGCACAGCCUCGGCAGCCAUGAGUACGUCCAGAACUGCAGGAAGUGGGAGAACGAGAUCUCCCUCCAGCUUCUGUCCACCUCCACCAUGAGGAGAGACCUGGCACGCUCGGCUGAAGACGACAAGUCUGCUAUUAACUUGGAGAAGCACCUCAACCAGGUGGAGAGACCUUUCAAGGAGAACGUCACCAGGCAAGGCCUGGCUGACUACCUGGAAGGUUACCACAACCAAGUCAACAUCUGCCUGCAAAAUGAGAGCACCCAGUACAAGACCGUGGACCGGGUGGUGCAGACCGUGAAAAACCUGUGCUGCGCCCUGGACGAAGUGGAGACGCAGGCCAUCUCGGAAGCCAUCAAGAGACUGAAACAUUCAGUCAACUUACCCCGAACACGCUCCCCAAAGCCUGGGUCGCCUUCUUCUGGCACCGCGUCCAAUGGUCACCCUGAUCCCGUAGAGGAGAGCAUGUCUCUUCUCACCGAGGCAGUCUACGACCUGGCCAAGCUCUACCUGCGCUCCUUCUGCCCCCCAUCCAAAACCUUCAGCUUAUCCUCGCCACCCCAGGCUGCCAACGGAGAGGUGGGCGAAGCGAAAGGCAGCAAAGACGCUUCUGGAACGACAGAUCACCUCCAGUUUACUCUGUUCGCUUUGCACGGCAUCCCAUCCAACUGGGUCAGCAGUUACGAGAAGUACUACGUGACCUGCUCCCUCACUCACAACGGAAAGAACCUGUUCAAACCGGUCCAGUCCAAGAAAGUGGGCACCUACCGGAGCUUCUUCUACCACAUCAAAUGGGACGAGCUGAUCAACUUUCCCAUCGCCGUGGCUGUGCUGCCGCUGGAGUCGGUGCUGAGCCUCUCGGUGUUCGGGGUUCUGAACCAGAACGCCGGCGGAUCGCCAGACUCCAACAAGCAGCGGAAAGGCCCGGAGAUGCUGGGGAAAGUGUCCAUGGCACUUUUUGACUUCAGACGGGUUCUGGUCAACGGCAGCAGACUGAUGUGUCUGUGGUCGUCCACCCAAGAGGCUGCACCCGGGUCCACCAACAGCCGCAAGAAGACGCCGACAGAGAGGAUCGUCCUGCAGGUGGAUUUCCCCAAGUCAGCGGUGGAAGUGACCUAUGUGGAGCCUCAGACGGCACCAAGUCCAGACGUGGAGUCACUGGAGGAGCUGGACCCUGACCUUCGACGCAAGCUGGAGAGGAUCUGCGGCCGUGCGUCUACUUUUGGGCUGAAGCGGGCAGACUACCAGCUCCUGUGGGACCACCGGCUGCACUGCCUCAGAGACCACCCCAGCAGCCUCCCCAAGGUGCUGGCCAGCGCCCCCAGCUGGGACUGGGCCAGUUUGGCUCACAUCCACUCCCUGCUGCAUCAGUGGCCCCCGCUGCCUCCCGUCACGGCUCUGGAGCUGCUCGACUCCAAGUUUGCAGAUCUGGAGGUGAGGAGCGUGGCUGUGAGCUGGAUCCAGAAGAGCAGCGACGAUGAGCUGGCUGACUACCUACCGCAGCUGGUCCAGGCUCUGAAGUACGAGUGCCACCUGAAGAACGCUCUGGUCAUGUUCCUGUUGUCUCGAGCGCAGGGGAACAUCAACAUUGCUCAUCACCUUUACUGGUUGCUGAAGGACGCAGUCCAGGACCCUGCCUGGGGCCGACGCUACGAGCAGAUCCUGGGGGCCCUGCAGUGUCUGUGCGGGGCCAAACUGAGAGCAGAGCUGGAGAAGCAGACUCAGCUGGUGACUCUGCUGGGGACCGUGGCUGAGAGAGUCAGACAGGCAGGAGGCUCCAGCAGACAGGUGGCUCUGCAGGACGGCCUGGAGAACGUUCAGAACUUCUUUGAGAGGAACAGCUGCCGGUUACCACUGAGUCCCAGCCUGGUGGCCAAAGAGCUGAACACCAAGACGUGCUCCUUCUUCAACUCCAACGCUGUCCCUCUCAAGCUGGCUCUGGUCAACGCCGACCCUCUGGGAGAAGAAAUCAACGUGAUGUUCAAGGUGGGAGAGGACCUGAGGCAGGACAUGCUGGCCCUGCAGAUGAUCCGCAUCAUGGACCGGAUCUGGCUGCAGGAGGGCCUGGACCUUCGGAUCGUCAACUUCAAAUGCAUCUCCACAGGGAAAGACAAAGGCAUGGUGGAGCUGGUGCCGUCCUCGGACACACUGAGGAAGAUCCAGGUGGAGUACGGCGUCACCGGGUCCUUCAAGGACAAACCGCUGGCCGAGUGGCUGCGCAAGUACAACCCAGCGGAGGACGAGUAUGACAAGGCAUCGGAGAACUUCAUCUACUCGUGCGCCGGCUGCUGCGUGGCCACGUACGUUCUGGGGAUCUGCGAUCGCCACAACGACAACAUCAUGCUGCGCUCCACCGGUCACAUGUUCCACAUCGACUUCGGAAAGUUCCUGGGUCACGCGCAGAUGUUCGGCAGCUUCAAGAGGGACCGGGCUCCAUUCGUGCUGACCUCCGACAUGGCCUACGUCAUCAACGGAGGGGAGCGUCCCACCAGCCGCUUCCAGCUCUUCGUAGACUUGUGCUGUCAGGCCUACAACCUGAUCCGAAAACACUCCGGACUCUUCCUCAACCUGCUGUCGCUGAUGACAUCAUCAGGUCUUCCUGAGCUGUCGGGCUCUCAGGACCUUAAGUAUGUGUUUGACGCGCUGCAGCCCCACAACACUGACGCCGAGGCCACCAUCUUCUUCACCAGACUCAUCGAGUCCAGCCUGGGCAGCGUGGCCACCAAGUUCAACUUCUUCAUCCACAACCUGGCCCAGCUGAGGUUCUCUGGGCUGCCGGCCAACGACGAGCCCAUCUUGUCCUUCUCCCCGAAGACGUACACUCUGAAGCAGGAGGGCCGCAUCGUCCACGCUGCCAUCUUCUCCUUCCAGAAGAGAUACAACCCUGACAAGCACUACACAUACAUCGUGAGGAUCAUGAGGGAGAAUCAGAACGAGCCGCAGUUUGUCUUCCGGACUUUUGAUGAGUUUCAAGAGCUCCACAACAAACUCACCAUCCUCUUCCCUCUGUGGAAGCUGCCCGGGUUCCCCAACAAGAUGGUUCUGGGUCGCACACACAUCAAAGAGGUGGCGACGAAGAGGAAGAUGGAACUGAACAGCUACGUGCACAACCUGAUGAGAAGCUCCGCUGAGGUCACACAGUGCGACCUCAUCUACACGUUCUUUCAUCCCAUCGCACGGGACGACAAGACAGAGGGGCUGGAGAGCUCCUCCAAAGCACCAGAACCACCGCUGAGUCCCACUUCAGGUCGGGUGGAAGGAGAAGUCAAGCUGUCCAUCUCCUACAGGAACAGCACGCUCUUCAUCAUGGUCAUGCACAUCCGAGACCUGGUGUCCGCGGAAGGAGGCGAUCCGAACCCGUACGUGAAAACCUACCUGCUCCCGGAUCUGCACAAGACCACCAAACGCAAGACCAAGAUUUCCAGGAAGACGAGGAACCCCACCUUUAAUGAGAUGCUGGUGUACAGCGGCUACAGCAAGGAGACGCUGAGCUCGCGAGAGCUCCAACUGAGCGUGCUCAGUGCCGAGUCGCUGCGCGAGAACUACUUCCUGGGCGGCAUCACGCUCAGACUCAAGGACUUUGACCUCAGCAAGGAGACGGUCAAGUGGUACAAACUCACCAACGUCUCCUACUUCUAGAAAGUCACUUGGCGGUGGGAACUGUUCCAAGCCCACGGACCACGUUUGGAUUAGACAAAGCAAUAAUGUGUAUACAAGCGACUUGGUUUGUAGGAAGUUUAGGUCUUAGGCAACUUUAGUUGGUUUCUAGCUCCAGUCAUGUUCCACGGCUGAUCAAGCUCAACUGAGAGGCGGAGGUCACAGCUGCCUUCCCUGAAUAACAGUCAUGUUUUUCCAAACACUAGGGGGCGCUGUCCCGACCGUUUCAAAACAGAGUUUUCUCUAAUUCAUACUCACGCCAUUAUAUUGUUUGAAAUAACUUGCUAAUAUUCGAAAAAUGUCUCACAGGUUCACCUACCUUGGAGCCACUUGCAGCCAGUUCAGCAGCAAACUUGCAAACAUCUCAUCUCACACAGCGAUCUCACGCUGUUCUGCAGAAGUGAAAUGUGUUUAAAGAAUUUAUUUAAAAGAGCCGACUCUUUUCCACAUCUGGUUCUGCUUGGUUUCGCCCGAGAUAUGAAUCAUGGCUCUGAAUGAGUGUGCUGGUGUUUGGUGUCAUGGAGCAGCACACAAGGACACGCAGUCACACAGUCGCUUGUGUCGGGAACAAAGCAACACACACAGGUGAGAAGACGAAAGCACAGGCUGUGUUCGCCAGCGUCACAUCUAGGCUACACUGGUGACACAAGUGCUCUUUAUUAUGAGGUUCAUAAUCCACGACUGGUGUUCAUUGACGGAGAAUCUUUCUGGGGAAACAGGCAUUCCUGAACACAACACAGACGCACAUGGAAAUUCGAUCAGGAUUUAAGAAGUCUUUUCAAAGAUCUGUGCUCUGUAAAAAAUCUCCUCCUCUCAGUUGUCAUCAGUUUAUUUUGGUGAACAGACAUUGAUUUUCUUCUGGCCACGCCUCCUUUUCUCCUUUUUUUUUUUCCGAAUGACUCGUUGAAAUCUUCUGCCUCGUAGUUCUUGUCUUCUAAACUCUUAACAGAGCGAGAAUGUUUUGUACAUUUUGAUACCCGAGGACCAAAACAGCUCCAGAUUUAUAUAUAUAUAUAUAUACAUACAUAUAUAAAUAUAUAUAUGUGUAUUUUAAGGAAAAGAAAGUCGCUUUAUUUUCUCUACAAAUCUCAAGAAUUCAUCUGAGGCGAAGAUAUUUCCCCAAAAUGUGCCAAACAUGGCAAAUGACUUUUCAUGAGGGUGGGGCUUAACACGGGUGCCUUCGUUCGUGCUCACAGUCUGUAACACUUUGCCUUAAGAUGUAUUUUUAUUAACUGAAUAUCAGCACUUGUGCCGGGGUCCUAACACACACACACAGACACACACAACGCUCACUGGUCGCACAUUUAAGUUUUAAAGAGCAGAGGAUCGGAGCUCUUCCACUCUCACGUCCAGUGCCUGCUGCCCACGAGUUUACCCCCCAAUAAAGGGAACAAGAGCCGAGCUGCUUCUCUUCACACAGUUGUCGAUGAGUUUAUUGUGUUUUUCUAGACAGCUGGGCUCCGCUAACCCGCUCCUGGUGUGUGUACAGAGAAAACAAGCAGAUUGUUAUUAACAAGGCCAGUUAUUUAUUCUGAAUUGGUGACCUGUAACCCGGGUGGAUCAGUGUGUACUGUAAUCCCUCUUUCUUAUAGCAAAUUAAAUGUUUUUGGAGUCAU